CUCAGGCUCCCGGGUAUUUAAAGGGGACGCGGCGGCGGCCCGGGGUGGGGAUGGGGGGCAAGUGGAGAGAGCGGUCCAGAUGCACAUCAUCCACGGCCCCUCGGGAGUGGAGGGACUCGUGAGAGCCGGAGCCCAAGAAAUCCGGGGGCGGAUAAGACACCGCGUCCCCUUCAAUUCCCGUAAGCACCCCUUGCUCCAUCCUGCGCCCAAAUACCUCAGCUAGCCCCUCUCCCCACUCUUUACACUCCAAACUCAGCCGGGACAGACGUCUGCAGCCACCGCUCCCCACGUGAGUCCUGGGUUUCCCGAGCCUGCAGGAAAAGCUCAGAGGUCCUGUUCCCCUUUCCUCUGAGGGACACUUUUUGGUGACCACAAAAGGUUUUGAUCACUCAGGACAAAGCUAGCAGAGGAGCUCUGGAUGACAGCUGGAGGCCAACAGUCCCUACAGGUGGUGCCCAGGGUGAUGUACUGACCAUGAGCGGGUGUUUUCCAGUUGCUGGCCUCCGAUGCCUAUCUAGGGUAUGUCGUGGCCUGGUGUGGGAGGCUCCGACUUCCCCAAGCCCCACUGCUUCUCCUGCUGCCCGCUUGCUUCGGACUCUCGCAGAAACCCCACCUGCUGACAAGUUCCUCCCAGGGAAUUGGUCUUGGAUGUGCCAGCGCCUCUGGCCGAGACCCGCUAACCAGCCUCUCCCUGGCCGGCUCCCGCCGCGCCCCCUCUCGCUUGCUCCUUCCUCUCUCCCCUGCUCCCAGGACGGCGGGAUGGCUGCGCAGGGCGCACCGCGCUUCCUCCUGACCUUCGACUUUGACGAGACUAUCGUGGAUGAAAACAGCGAUGACUCCAUCGUGCGCGCCGCGCCGGGCCAGCGGCUGCCUGAGAGCCUGCGUGCCACCUACCGCGAGGGCUUCUACAACGAGUACAUGCAGCGCGUCUUCCAGUACCUGGGCGAGCAGGGCGUGCGGCCCCGGGACCUGCGCGCCAUCUACGAGGCCAUCCCCCUGUCGCCCGGCAUGGGCGAGCUUCUGCAGUUUGUGGCCAAGCAGGGGGCCUGCUUUGAGGUUAUUCUUAUCUCAGACGCCAACACCUUUGGCGUGGAGAGUGCGCUGCGCGCCGCCGGCCACCACGGCCUGUUCCGCCGCAUCUUCAGCAACCCGUCGGGGCCCGACGCUCGGGGGCUGCUGGCGCUGCGGCCCUUCCACGCGCACAGCUGCGCUCGCUGCCCCGCCAACAUGUGCAAGCACAAGGUGCUCAGCGACUACCUGCGCGAGCGGGCCCACGACGGCGUGCACUUCGAGCGCCUUUUCUACGUGGGCGACGGCGCCAACGACUUUUGCCCCAUGGGGGUGCUGGCAGGAGGCGACGUGGCCUUCCCGCGCCGGGGCUACCCCAUGCACCGCCUUAUCCAGGAGGCGCAGAAGGCCGAGCCCAGCUCCUUCUGCGCCAGGGUGGUGCCCUGGGAAACCGCCACCGAAGUGCGCCUCCAUCUGCAACAGGUGCUGAAGACGUGCUGAGGACGUGGCCUGCA